AUACCGGGAUUCAAUGGCUUCAAGCUCGUCAUCUUUCCCAAGUUCUUCUUCUAUUUCUUCUACCAGCCAAUGGAAGUAUGAUGUUUUCCUGAGUUUCAGAGGAGAGGACACCCGCAACACUGCUACAGACUUUCUAAAUUGUGCUUUAGAAUGGAGGGGCAUUUACACUUUCAAGGACGAUGAAACACUUGAGAAAGGAAAAACUAUUAAACCAGAGCUCUUGAAAGCGAUAGAAGAAUCAAGAUUUGCUGUGGUCAUUCUCUCAGAAAAUUAUGCAUCUUCAACUUGGUGCUUAGAAGAACUUGUAAAGAUUAUUGACUGCAAAAAAGAAAAGGGAAUGACAGUUGUACCUAUUUUUUACAACGUGAAUCCAUCUGAUGUGCGAAAACAAAUGGGAACUUUUGCACAAGCCUUUGUUGAACAUGAAAAACAAUUCAAGGAGAAAGUGGGCACAUGGAGAGCUGCUUUGAGUCAUGUGGCCAAUAUUGUCGGAUAUCAUGUAAAUAAUAGGUAAUUUUAUUUGAUAUAUAUUCAGCUA